AACAGUCAUGGUCGUCCUUUUCUACCACAUUCCACAACACAUGAACACGGCUCCAUCUUUGCACUGAAUACAUAGUCUUUGCCACGCCUAGAAUCCUGUCAGCGGCCGAAUCAAUCCAGCAACGCACGCACAUCUCUGAGGGCAGCCAACCCAAGGUAGAUCUCGCCCAGAUCAUGGCACGAGACACCAUACACGUCUUCCACCCAACCACCUCAAACCCCUGACUCCAGUCUCUCAUAAAAUGGCAAAUCCACCACCCAACGCCUCGACAAUCUCCAACCUCCUAUCAACGCACCGCGCAUUGGUAGAAACAGUAACAUCCUUCCUCACCAUCGCAACCCACCACAUCCUCUACCUCCGCCGGCUCUAUCCACCAGUCUCCUUCCUAUCCGCCCGGGCCUACAACUACCCCGUCCGCCAAAACCGCCACCCCCAAGUAUGCCAGUGGAUCACCGACGCCAUCGCCGCAAUCCGCGACCAACUCGAAAAGAACACCGUCGAAAAAGUCAGCCUAUGUAUCUACGAAACUACCAGUAACCAAGUCCUCGAACGCUGGACAUUCGACCUCCGCUCUUUCCCUACUGUCGCCAAAAAGGACCGUGACAUCCCCUUCGACACCACUACCCCAGCUCCCGUGCCAGCACCAGCCGCAGCGCCAGAAGACCAGGAAGACUUACUCGCCAAAAAGCUCAACCUUGCUGACCUAGAAGCCAAUUUUCGUGCCACGCUCAGUCGAAUAAGCACCGCCGCGACGAAACUGAGACCACUACCCAGUGACAGUGACACACCUGACGCUCCGGAAUGCAGUUUCACCUUAGCCAUUGAAGUCAAAGACAGCGCCGACAGACCUGUAGGCCGACUCGAGAAGGAAGAGCGGAAAUGGAUCGCCGCUGAACCGGUCACCUUCGGUGAUGACGGCGACGAUGACAACAGAAACAACCAGCACGGUGCCAACGCACCAAAGACGCACGCCGUCCGCCGACUCGAGGCAGGCGAGCUACGUAUGGAAGUCUGGGUCGAGGAGUCUGCUGCGAAAUUCGAAUACGGCCUUCCUCAGUCCUCGGAACUAUCUGCGGAGGCGCGACGUGCUAGAAUGUCCUACGGUGCUGGAACGGAACGAUUCGAUCCUGGAAAUGAAUAUGAUCUGGAGCCACCAGACAUCAACAAGAGACCUCAGGGUGGUGCUACGGAUUACCAAAGAGAUAGAUGACUUUCUCCCCCUCGGUCACCACCAGUCACAGAAUCAUAUAAACCUCUCGAAAAGCAUUUGCAUAAUUAUGAUGCAUCCUGAUUAUGUGUCCUAAUCCUGUAAAGUCAUCCCAUCUGCGCCUGGUAUCGAGACUCUGCUA